AUGGCCUCGCGCUCAGCUUUCACAAAACUCACGCCGAUGCUGCGACAAGCUCGCCCUGGCGCAUCACCACUCAACCGCAGCAGCCCCAUCCUCCAAGCCCUCCAAAAUCAGCGCCCACAACAACUGCCUUUCCAACCCACCAUCGCGACGCGCUCUGCCCACACGAUCCCGAAGUCGAAAGCAGCGCGCGAGGCCGAGGCCAAGUCGCCUGCUCAGAUGCGCCUCGAGGCCUCGCCGCACUACCAGCUUGACUUCACCUGCGUGCCGUGCGACACCCGCUCCCGACACAAGGUUUCCAAGCAGGGCUACCACCACGGCUCCGUCCUCAUCACCUGCCCCUCAUGCCGCAACCGCCACGUCAUCAGCGACCACCUAGGCAUCUUUGGCGAUCGCAAGGUCACCGUCGAGGACCUCAUGCGCGAGAAGGGACGCCUGGUGAAGAGAGGCACACUAGGCGAGGACGGCGACAUCGAGUUCUAUCCCGAUGAGGGCACAGCAGAGGCUGAAGCCACCGACGCAAAGAAGGACGGUUCUGCUUGA